UCAUCUACACAUAUACCACUAGGAGCUAUUAAUAUAAUUUCUUUGCACAAAACCUAUUUAACAAUUAUGUGUCAUUUCCAUUAGUGCCAAUAUGAUGAUAUGUUUGAAAUUUGUAGUAAUGUGCUGGAAAUUUCAAGAAACUUAUAAUACUGGUAAGUGGCAAAGAUACAUAAUAUCGAACGUAACUUUGUGUGCCAAAUUUUCUUUCAAAUUCAAAUCUCCGUGAAACAAACAAUCAAUUUACAAACAAUUUAGACACAUCAUACAUUGUGAUGCCAGUGGUAAAACCAGCAUUCAUUUUGUUAUACAAGCACUUGGCAAGAUCUGCUGAUUUCCGAAAAAAAUAUUAAAUACCAAAGCUAAACAGAAUUCUUGCCUAUCACAAAAUAUCUACUACUGGAAUUUCAAUUGUAAUUUUUCACUGUUGAAUAUUUUAAUUCACAACUUGUACGUAUGACAAAUUUGAAAAAAUUGCUGCAAAAAUAUUUCUUCCGUUAGUAGUAAAGAGAUGAUGAUCAGAUACUAAUUUUACAGCCAAUUAUUUAAAUGUACAUGCUCUACUGAGAGCUAGUUGAGCUGCUGCAUAUUUAGUCGUAGCUAUUUCAUGUGAAGAUGGCAAAAAUUGAUUGGAUUGUUGGUACAUCUACCAUCAUUUACUUUGCAACAGCUAUUACAGAAAUUGUUUCAUCUGUGCCAGUCGGCUUAACACAGGAUGAUUUUGGGAACAACUGCAUCUUAUCAGCAUCAAUGACCUAUUUUUACCAUAACACCACCAUGGUUGUCAAACAGUUUGGAUCACCGGGAGCUUGUGGGUUUUGCACAUAUUUGACAACUGUCACAGUGCUAUAUGCUCUUGGAUACGGAUGUUAUUCUGCAUAUGCUCUAUAUAAAUCUGUUGAAAAUGCACAACAUAUGUGGGUCCUUCCUGCAAUCAUGGCAUGUUCGUUGCUCUGUAUUCUCAAGUUUAUCAGUUCAUGUGUGUUGAGUGUUGGUUUCUCACAGUUUUGUAAAGCAGUUGUUGAUGGAACUUACAUCAAAAAUUGUCAAGGAGGCCAAGAUGCAGAUUGGUUUUAUGGAACUACCGCUUUAACAAGUUCAAAUUAUUAUGCCUACAUGACAACAGCACAGUCCGCAUCAUGGUUUUGUGUCUUUGAAUGGUUUCUUCUCGCUGGGCUUGGUUUUCUGCAUUAUCGACGAAAUAUAGCUUUGAGAUCAUACGGCCGAUUCGAUCAAGGUUUUGGUUCAUCUGACACUCAAGGAAUUGUAUCCGGAGAUGCCUUACCUGGAAAUGUUCAAGCAUGACCUCAUUUCCAAGUUUUCCACAGGAAAUGAUCGAUUCAUUGAGUCGCCUUGAAUUUGACCAUAUACAUGAAGUUCAUGAUUUAUUUUUAAUUUACUGUUCAUAAGUGCCUAAAUACUUUGCUGUUUAUAAGUGCCUAAAUAAUUCAUCUGCAAUGAUUUUUUAACAUAGUAUUACUACAUAAUCAUCAUGAGAUUUUUUAUUUUUUGUGAUAAAGUGAGAAAACCUUUAAUUUUGAAUUACUAUAUUGAAUAUUUUCUACAUGGACUUCACGGUCACAUAUCAUAGAAUCAUUGAAUGAUAUGUGUUGGUUCAGCAAAUCGUUGCUCAUUAUGCGCAAUAUGUUUGCUAUUGUUCCGUAUCUCUAGUAUUACUCUGCAGUAUGCAAUUCAAUUAUGUAAUAUGCUAUGUUUGGUAACUGGUUUUGUCCUGUGUCAGCUAUUUUAUUAAUAAUCAUGUUUUUCUCUUUCCUGCUGCAUGUUAUAGCCCAAUUAUGGAAAUAGGAAAUGUGAAAGGUAUGCCUUUUGAAUAAAAUUGUUUUCAGUUACCCAAAUUUGCUGUUUUCUCUUUAAAACUUGUCAUAUUUGAAGUAGAACUAUAUUUUAUCACAUGAUUUAUUUUAAUUGCCAAGUAGGCCAAAUUUAGUUGUACUAUGCAUGAUUUGGACAUCCCUAGACUCUAUCCAUAAUUGUAAUGUGAAAGUUGUUUAUAAUUCUUUUUAUAGUGUUAUUAUUAUUUCAUUACAUAGUAUAUAUGACUUUUCUAAGCAACACUGUUUAAGUUUUUCGUCAACCAGUUCUGUGGAGCGGCACAUUUUACAAUGGUUUGGAUUUCAGAUGUUAUGAAAGGCCACUAAAACUACUCAUUUUGUUUUCAAUCAGAGGAUUUUGGUUCCGGCCAUUUCAUCUGCAUUGUGUGAUUGUACGAAAAUCCACAAAGUACUGACAUCCCAAACAUCCAGUAAUGUUUUAUACUCAUAAUUGAACUGAUUGUUUGUGACAUACCACCAGAGCAAUUAAAAAUUAUUAAAUGUAUUAUUCUUCUUCUAUACUGUUAGCAAUAGCAAUAACUUUUCGAAUAGUCUGUCCAACGUCCAAUAUGCAUCAGAGCAACUGGUUGUUCUCAUUUCAGUCUUUCAUUUUACUAUUUUACUUUUCAUUUAUUUCACUAUGACCAAUGUUAUAAAGCUUUUUGAAAUAGACCUUUUUGUUGCCAAUGUCUUCUUAUGAUCAAAUAUCUGCAGUAUAACAUGUACCCAAGUCAUAAAUGCUGAUCAAUAUAUAUUAUUAACAAUCUAGUUGCAAUUAUCAUGCCAAUAAGAUUAAUGUAUUUUUUGUUUUCAUCAUGGUUUAAACAGCAAAAUAUAAGAAGCAUUAGUGAGUUCAAUGUGCAAUACGUACUUAUCUUUUCUUCCUAAUCUAAAUCAUUCAUGUUGGUGCCUUAAUAUUGUUCAUGCAAUUCUAUUUUUGUCAAUACUUAACCCAAUCUGUACUUUUAUUUUUCCACCUUACUGAACUAAUGCAGUAAAUGAAGUUUGGUUACUAUUAUUGAUUGUUGUUUCUUACCAAUAGCAAUAAACUAUUAAGGGUAUCA